ACAAACCAAAGAUAAGCAAGAAUCUGCCAGCAAGCAAAGCAAAGAUGGCUGAAACGGUUAUUCUUAUCGGCACAUUGGGCAGCCCAUUCGUCCACCGCGCUGAGGCUGCCCUGCGGCUCAAAGGGGUGCCCUACGAGCUGGUCCUGGAAGAUCUCCAGAGCAAGAGCGACCUGCUGCUGAAGCACAACCCCGUCCACCAGAAGGUGCCUGUCCUCGUCCACGGUGACCGGGCCAUCUGCGAGUCCCUCCUCAUCAUGGAGUACGUCGACGAGGCCUUCGUCGGACCGCCUCUCCUGCCGACUGAUCCCUACGACCGCGCCAUGGCCCGUUUCUGGGCUCAGUUCCUGGAACAAAAGUGCGCGAGGCCGUUCUGGCUGGCCAUGUGGCUGGACGCCGGCGAGGAGCGCGAGGGGUUCACGAAGGAGAUGAAGGAGAACCUGGCGCUGCUGGAAGGGCAGCUGCAAGGAAAGAGGUUCUUCGCCGGUGACUCCGUAGGCUACCUCGACAUGGCUGCCUGCGGGCUAGCUCACUGGAUCUAUGCGCUGGAGGAGGUGGCCGGCGUGUGCUUGAUGGGGGAGACCGAGUUCCCUGCGCUGUGCCGGUGGGCAAAGGAGUACGCUAGCAAUGAAACAAUGAAGGAGUGCCUGCCGGAGAGAGGGCAGCUCGUCGCCCACCUGAGCGCGAAGAAGGACAUAUGGAAGAUGAUGGCCAAGGCGAUGCUCCAUCAUUAGUAGUGGCUCGAUCGGUGCAACGUCGAGUGCCAGUAUAUAUAAAUAUAAUUACGCAUGGUGUGGGCUAGAAUAAAGAUUGUGGAAUUGUGACGCCAGGAUCUACUGGAUGUAUUCUUUUUGUGUUGUGUGUUUUCUUUUUAGAAAAAAGGAGGAUAUACCACCGGC